AUGCUUGCAGAACCCCAAUUUGUCGGUUCAUUUGACGUUGGCGAACACGUGUAUUUCUUCUUCCGCGAGAUUGCCAUUGAAAGUGGUGGAAUGGAGCGAAAUGUUUACAGUAGGGUGGCCAGAGUUUGCAAGAAUGACGUCGGUGGACGAGUGGUUCUGCGUCAGGUGUGGACGUCUUUCUUGAAAGCUCGUCUGAACUGUUCCAUAUCCGCACAGUAUCCGUAUUAUUUCGACAGAAUUCGUAAGUGCAGCUCGAAACUUUUCCCAAAAAGGGCAGGGUUUUGA